CCGCGCUCAGGAUCCCGGAAGUGGCCGUGUGAGAUCAUGAUGACCGGUGAGAGAAAGCCUGCAUCAUGUUUUCUGGAUGAAAAGACCUUCCGGCUUUGCUGUCGGCUUUUUCUCCAGCACUCGGAGAGCAUCCAGGACGGCUGGAUCUGGGAGCAGAUCAAGGGCUCUGAUGAAGGCUUCAUGAAGAAGACUGUGCUCAUCCCUGUAAAAUCUAGCCUUUUGGACAAACAGCAUGAGUCUAUACAGGCUGAAAACACUGAACUUCCGACAGACGACUUUGAGGCAGACGCUGAGGAUGAAACGGCUGGAGUUGAUGCGGUGUGUGAAAGUCAUGCUGUGCUGCGCUAUGAAUACCACGUUCUGUAUUCCUGCAGCUAUCAGAUCCCCGUCCUCUAUUUCAGAGCAUCAGCGUUAGAUGGGCGCUCGCUUUCUCUGGAGGAGGUGUGGAGCAACGUUCAUCCAAACUACAGACAGAGGCUGAAGCAGGAGCCCUGGGACACACUGACACAGCAGGAACAUCCACUACUUGGCCAGCCGUUUUUCAUGCUUCAUCCAUGUCGCACAGAGGAGUUCAUGAAACCCGCUCUGGAAUUAGCACAUGCUCAAAACAGGAAGGUGAACUAUAUUGUGAGCUGGCUCAGUGUUGUGGGUCCUGUCGUCGGCCUGGACGUCCCGUUGAGCUUCAGCACUGCCGUUUCUGCUCCAGAUUAAAUUGUCUUUCUGUCAUCCUGAUCUGAUCUUCAGUUUCCAGAGGACCUGCAGAGCUAACCUGUGGUGAAUCUGCAGAAACGGUUUAUCAUUAACCAGCAUCAACCGUCUCUACAUGGUUAAACUGGUAAAGAGUUGUGCAGGAACAUUCAGCACAUGUGCACAAACCAGCUCAGACUUUCUUAGUGAAGUGUAAACACAUGGACUGUCAGCGUGUCGUUCAUCAGGGAUGCUUUCAAAUGAUCCAAAGUAACAGUAAAGAUGUUUUAAUGUUACAAAAGAUUACAUGUCCUAUAAAUAAAUGCUGUUUUUAGGCUGA